GGUGCGUUCGAUUUGCGCAAGCGUGCGCGCUGAGGAGCGGGUGGGUGUGAUUGGUCACCUCUGCGGGUGAGGGGGAUGCCCGUCAGCCCGCAACGUGUGCGCUUUUAAGCUGCUGCGGGCAGAGGGCACGCGCUGCAGACCACACGACCGAGAUCAAGCCGAACCGGACCGAGCACGAAGACCGGUGCGCACGAACCGAGCUCUCCAGUAGAAGGAGAACUGAGGAAGGAGAGAAAUGAGCGCGUCCGCGGCGAGACAAGUGUUGCUUCUGACUUUCUUCUGGUUCCUUGGAUGCUGGAGCGCAACAGAGGCCAGUCGUUAUGACCAGUGGGAAGACGGCCUAACAUUCAGAAAGGUGCGAGGCAUCCAGAGCGAUGACCUCAGCGGCGUCGUGUGGAGAGACCAGGAUGAGGAACAAGUCCAGAACGUUUUCAAAAGAUUCCUGUUCCAUUACUCGAAAGCACGCAACUCGGUGGGAGCCGUGCAAAAAGAGUCUCACUCUGUUCAUCCUCUGAUGCAACUUUCACCCAAACUUUCCCAGAGAAGGAAGAAGAAGGUGCUACUGUUGAAGAUUCGCGGGCUGCCAGAGGGCAUGCUGUAAAACGCCGACAACGCACGGAGGUGGAAUCCAGCACAGCAGCCGCCUGCAGCUUCGGCUGGUGGAGCGACACGCAGCGUCUGACAUGUCUCUCCAGACAGAUCCUUUUUGUAAAGGCAAAAUAAAUGAUUGUACAGAUGGAGAAAAGAGAAUUGCACUGCCAUCGCCGCCAUGUGUCUUCCUGCUUCCUAAAGUCAAUCUGUGUAAGUGAAUGUGAAAUUUUGUGAGCACAACUUUGGCAUGUUGCACUGUUACACAUGAAAAGGGUGUCACAAAAUACAAGCACUCAACAUAAGCUCUUAAGGAAGUCCUUUAUAGACAACUGUGACACGGAUUUCAAAACAAUGUGCACUUAUGACAAAAAAUUAAUAUUGUGGCAAACAGUUGAACUCGUAGAUUUUAAUGUACAUGUACAUUUUACAACUAAACGUAUGAAACUUAAUAAAAAUAUUUAAAUUUGUCUGAU